CAAGUGCCUGGGUCUUAUGCAUUCAGUGUACAUUUGGAUUUCACGGUGGCUUCACGUCACUUGCUCGGAAUAAAUAAUCCUGUGUUUCUAAGAGAGUUUAUAGUGUUACAGCAAAAUGUUCUUGAAAGCGUCUUUUCUUAUUGUAGUCUAUAGUUUCUACUGCACAUACGCUGCGGCCGCGGCAGCUAAAAUCGAUACUCCAAUAAAAUAUCCAGGCCCUACCAAAUACAAUAACAUCGCAGACGACGUGCCAGAGGCGUGUUGGAAUCUCACAUAUUGUACCAUCAAACCGAAGAACUAUCCAGAGGAAAAAUUCAAUUUGAUGUUCAAGGGCUAUAAACCUUUAGCUCAACCCUCACUAGUGACAAUCACUUUUGACAAUCGACAAGGUGACCCAACUGAAGGAGACGACUGUGAAAGCGAAGUAACUUUUGAGCCACUAUACAAGGUGCGUGAAAAGCGAGAGGAUCCGUGGCAAACAGUAGUGCAAGCACCAGGCGUAGACUAUGUACAGCGUGUGCGAUUAGAAAGAUGCACGAAACCCGAUGCUCCGUGCUUCAACGUAUUUUCAGAAAACAGCGCGUACGUAACGUUCUGCAAACAGAAGUACAACAAAUGGGAAGUGUUGGUAGAGAAUGGUGAAAAGGACACUAAAACAAUCCAAGUCCAACUUCCAGUAUGCUGCACUUGUAAUUACAGACCCGCUGAUAUGUUUUGAUUAAGUAUCUCCAAUCUGCUUCUGGCUUGAUUUUUGACAACACGUCGAGUGUUUUGGGCUCUCUUCAUAAUAGACAGCGUUGGCCCAACAAAUGAUUGACGAUGUUUCCGUCAUGCCGCAUGACGACGGUCACAGGCGUUUACGUUUACACUACGUGAUUGCCUUUACUCGCCCAACGCUGCCCAUGCCAUUGUGAAUUGUGAAAAGGGUUCCAAUUUGUUAACCGUCUUCAAAAAAAAGGAGGAGGUUAUCAAUUCGGCCGGUAUGUUUUUUUUUAUGUAUGUACACCGAUUACUCCGAGGUUUCUGAACCGAUUUACGUGAUUCUUUUUUUGUUCGAUGCGGAAUGGUGUCGAAUUGGUCCCAUAAAAAUUUUAUUCGGAUAGGCCUAGUAGUUUUUAUUUUAUGAGCAUUUUUGUCUGUGCAAGUUUGAAGUCGGUUGUUUUUAUUUUAACGCAGUUAUUGACUUGUUUCUUGUUUUACGUUUUCUGUGUCAACAUUGAUAAAUCCAGGAAACUGACUCAAACUUAUCUUAAUUAAGUGUGUUAUUUAUAAAAAUAGAGAUAUGAGCCGUCUUUAUGGUCAGCUAUGUAAUACCAUGGACCAAUAAUAUGUAUAUUGGUCCAUGGUAAUACAUAUUCAUUGAAUUAAUUGUUAUAAGUGUGGCAUCUUGUUUGUUUUUAUGUAAUAUAGAUAAAAUAGGAUUAAAAAGGUCACAUUCCUCGUGAAAUGUAUAAUAUGUACUUAACUUCCGCAUUAUUUAAAAAAUCGCUUCAUAUUAUACUGAUACUUUGUACAAGAUUAUUUUUGGCUUAGUUUUAAGAACUAAAGUUUACGGCAGUAUGAAAUAAAUUACCAUGUAUAAGCAAAGAUUACCUACCUAUAUUCCUAUAUUCUUCACAUAAAUGCUUGAUAUAAUUAAUUAUGAACAUUAUAUAGUGAAAUCCUUUUUAAUUAGGUGUAUUUUAAUACUGUAUUUAAAUUCACCACUUUGGCUAAAAUUUGGUAGAGAAUCGAUUUUAUAACCUGUACGAACUUUGUGUAAGAUUUUUUUAAAGCAUUUAUAGUUACAUUUUUAUAUACUACUUAUACCUACUAAAAAGCUAUGGUAAUUAGUGAAAAAUAUUUGGGCCUUUGAAGUAUAUAGAAACACCUAUUAGGUAUACAUAUUUCCUAUUCUUACUACACCUAAAUUCACGACUGUACAAGCAAACCACGUGAUGUUUUUAAAGACAUGAUCUCAUAACACAGAUAAAAUCUCAAACAAUCAGAAUAAUCUUCAUUAGCCACAUAAACAAUCGUGUAUGUGAAACCAUCGUUUUAUGUAAUUAUUUAUAAUAGCUGUAACUAACUUGAUUUGAUUUAUGGGUCACGGUUAAUCCCUGAACACAAAAUUAACAUCAAAUCAGUAUGUAAGCUUAAUGUAUUUAUUUAAUUGUAUGUUAUUUUUGUAAACUAGUCACAAAUAAAGAAAUAAAAGCAAA